AUGAGCGACAACAAUUCACCGCCACAACCAUCUCCACCAUCCUUUACCUGGCUCCUCAAUCACGCCCAGUCCCCCGGAAGUAACCAUCCCGCGCCCACCGUAUCGUAUAGUACUGGCUUCUUUGAGAACAUUCUCAACCCGGCAGGUCUCGAUCACGGCAGAUAUUCGCCCUUUGCCAACCCAUUCCCGCCGCCAGAGAUGCCGCCUACAACGCGUUCACGCCCACAGCCUGGGAGACUAUCCAACGGAUACGUAAAUCUCUGCGACGAUUCGCCGCCCCAGAGACGGAAAAGGGAGUCGCCUACACCAGGUCCAUCCGCCAAGCGACACAAGCGGGAAGAUGGCACGGCUAAAGACGCCAAGCAGAACGAGGAGAAGCGUGAACAGGUGGAAUCGAUUGACCUGACCGAAGCCAACACAACAAUGCAGGAGGUCCUACAGAAACAGCGUCAAGAUGCUGUCAAGGCACAAGCAAAGCCAGAAGAGACGGUCACCACCUUCAACACGUUCAACUGCGUCAUUUGCAUGGACAACCCUACCGACCUGACCGCGACUGCCUGUGGCCAUCUCUUCUGCCACACCUGCCUCAUGGAAGCUCUUAUCGCGGGCGAGAACCGCACUGGACCCCACGAAACCAAGCGCUCGCAAUGUCCCGUCUGCCGAAAGGCCAUUAGCCGCACCAAAGCCACCGACGUGAUACCCCUAAUGUUGAUGAAGGGUCUUGCAACACAACCCAGGAAGAAAAAGGCUACUGCGCCUGUCGUAGAAAUUGCAGCGAAGCCAACCAGGGAGCAGCCACAACCCAAACCUCGAGCGUCCGCACGACGUACGAGACGGAUUCCCAGUGUUCUCGAGUUCGUGUAGAAAGGGUUGCGAAGAGGGAGAAGAUACCGUCAUUGCUACAAUGGCAUAGAGAGGAUAUGGGAUGACUGCUUACCGCCGGGACCCUUACAGUACUCAUUACAGCUUAGACCCGCACAUGCGACAGGCGGACUGUCUAUGGGCUGCAUAUAAACUAGCGCCAUCACGAUGACGUAGCUUGCUAGUUGAAAUACAGAAAGACCUUGAAGGCAUUCAACACA